AUGGGUCAGCCUGAAGAUGACGACCCUGGGAACGUCGCAAAGGUUGAAUCAGGCCAAGCAGACGUGGCAGUAAAAAAGAAAACCUCCACACAGAAAGACACUAUUUCAUUGCUACGGCAGGAGCAAAUCCAGGAAUACAAAAGAAAAGUGACCAAGGAGGAAAGGAUGAAAAGGUAUGCUCUACGACAUGGCGAUACUUCUGACCGAGACACCUGCAGCCGAAGUUCAGAUGGCAUCAGUGACGAAGGAGAGUCUCCACGGAAGAAAAAAAGGGUGAGCUUCGACUUUUCCAAGAGAGAGGUUACCCCACCGACCAGCCAAAACGACUUUCCGAGCCCGAAAAGAGUAGCCAAUAGUUCAAGGGAAGAGAAGAAAAAGGAGCAAUAA